AUGACAGAAGUAAAGUUGCGUACUGCCAGUCAAAAUAUAUUGAAAGCUAGUAUGGCGGGCUCACUAUCUAUUGUGCCAGGGAGAUUAAACGAGACAAUAAUCAAGACCGGCUUACAUUUUGGCUGUGCUUCAAAGUGGGGCGAUGAACAUCAUGAGUUUGGAAUGCGAAGAUUAGCAGGGACCUCUGUGGAUGGAGAAAUCAAAGACUGGUUCAUUAUGGAAUGCAAACUGCUUGGAUGCAGUAUUAUCAUCGACAGAAUCGGUAACAUAUUUGCUGUCUUUUCAGGGAAAAAAAGAGGUAAGCCCACAGCAAUUGGGUCGCACUUGGAUACUCAACCUGAGGCUGGAAAAUAUGAUGGAAUAUUAGGAGUUUUAGCCGGUCUGGAGGUUUUGAGAACUUUUAAGGAGAAUGGCUAUGUUCCUAACUUUGACGUGUGUGUAGUUUGCUGGUUUAAUGAAGAAGGUGCCCGCUUUCCGAGAUAUUGUAUGGGUUCCAGCGUGUGGGCGAAUAGGUAUGAUAUCGAAGAUGCAUAUGGAAUGAAAUCUGUUACUGAAAGCACCUCCGAAACCGUGUACGACUCAUUGAAAAAGAUUGGAUAUCUAGGGGAAACGCCAGCAUCAUACCGAGAAAAUGAGAUAGAUGCACACUUUGAGUUGCAUAUUGAGCAGGGGCCAGUCCUCGAGGAUGAAAAAAAGAAAAUAGGAGUAGUUACUGGGGUACAGGCAUGCUAUUGGGAAUUGUUCACCGUCACAGAUACCGGAAGUCAUGCCGGAACCACACCAAGGAGGUUAAGAAAGGAUGCCUUAUUGAUGUCUGCAAGAAUGAUACUGAAAGCUGAGGAGAUUGCUAUCAGGUGGGGCGGCUUAUUUACUUGUGGUGUCAUAGAAGCUAAGCCCUCAUCGGUUAAUAUUGUUCCCGGUAAGGUGUCCUUUACGCUGGAUUUCCGACAUGAAUCUGAUGAAAUACUGAGUAGCAUGCUCAGAGAAACGAAAUCAGCGUAUGAUGAAAUGAUCAAGGAAAAUGAAAGUGGCGAAUUGUCAUGGACUUCAGAAUUACUUGUCAAUACGCCCGUUGUAGAAUUUGACGAAAAAUGUAUCAAGUGCGUUUCUAAGUCAGCGAGAGAUCAAUUCCCCGAUACCGAUAUUAGGGAAAUUUGGUCAGGAGCAGGGCAUGAUUCAUGUCAAAUAAAUUUUCGGGUUCCAACUUCAAUGAUAUUCAUUCCUUCAAAGAAUGGAUUAUCUCAUAACUACCGGGAAUAUUCUUCUCCGGAACAAAUCGAGGAUGGCUUUAAAGUACUUCUAGGUUCCAUUAUAAACUAUGAUAACAUGAGACUUGACCGAGGCUUUUGA